AUGGGACGAUUCAAUGACCUUGCAAAACGAUACCUUGCCGUACUUGUUCGUAUCACCGGCGUCAAGAAGGAAAACCCGGAACACAAUACCAAGGUCGACACCAAGAUCGACGCAAAAGUCGACACCAAAGUCGACUGCUGCACGUGCUGCCAUGGCCUCGAAGCCCAUACAGCUCCUAAGCAUAAAUCGACAGUAGCGGCCAAAAAGGGAUGGGAAUAUCGCCCAAAUACCGAGUUCCCCUGGAGACUCGAGCAGGUAGUUGAGAAGGAAGAGAACUGGCGCGGAACCUGGGUCCUGGAAGUGAAGGACCUGCGGGCAAUGGAUUGGGGCACUACCCGCGUGCCCAAGGCCGAUGGUGACGGACGAGGAGGGCGGUAUCAGAGGCAGCCGACGCGACAUCUGCCUUUUCCGGCCGAUGGAGAUGGGUACCGAGAGACGUUGACCGGAGGCCAGGACGACCUCAUGGUGCAGCUUGGGAAGCGAUAG